ACACGAACUUCUUUCAAGAAUUUCGCCGAACAGAUUCUGCCAAAUUUCAACCUUUAGCUGUAGUGGUGCGCACAAGCAAACGGAGGAUUGAAACAGAACUUGAAAAUCAAGAAAGCUAUAUGAAAGGGAAAGGCCGUGUUGAAUCGGCCAUGCACGUGCAUAUAAAUCCUUUUAGGUGCUACUCAAGUUAAACGCUGUCUUUGAUGCCGGAAUCGGUGGUUAGUCUCAUCUCCAGUGCCACCUCGCAAUAAAAAGAAACGAGGACUUUGGAAUCGAGGCUGUUUGCAAGUUCUGGUGCAAGACAGGGCUGUCCGCGCAUGCGCAUAGUCUUGUCGUCAGCGUGACGUCACGAGCGAUUGUCGACGUCUCUUGAAAAGUGUAAAAUGCCAACGGUUUGUUUUGAUUGCAGCUACAAUGCGGCGCCCGUCAGUCAUUUUCUUCAUUUUACUAAUUUCACUUUAUAUGUGAAAUCUUUUGAGGAAGGAAACAUCGCAAAUGUAAUACAAAACCGGGAAUGGGCGAAAUGGCCUCCUUUCUCAAGGAGAAUAAUUUUAUAUGGCUUCUGGCAAUACUUUGUAUUGUCUUGUGCGCGGGGAUUGAGGGAAAAGGAAGCCUUCAAGGAGAUCACAUCGUUUUUUCUCCAUUGCGUAUAGGAAAUAACUACACAUUGAAUAGAAGCAAGAGCGACUGGUUCCUGUCCAGUUAUGAUUCAGUCGCUGAAGCUGUGGUGUUAUCAUUGAAUUUUUCCCCUCCAUACGAUGCCAUUAAAGAUGGACUGCGAAGUCUUGAAGGGAUCAAUAAAUUUACGGCUGGGGACAUCGCAAAAAAGGCAAUUAAUGAGAAUCUUCCUUUGACACUUCUGACAUGUGUCGCGCUCAUAAGCGCCUUUGGAAUACCGCUGGUCGGUAUCAUAUUUGGCUGCUUUCGGUGCAAGGGGAAAUGCGGCGGUGCGCUGAUAGAGGAGGAUCUGGAAUCAAACCCAAAGAAACGUCGGCAAAUGUUUACAGCGGCAAUUUCCAUUUGCACGCUUUUGAUCAUGAUCGCUGCUUUUUCAAUCAGUCUGAUUAACGACAGAACUGACAAUGCAGCCCCCGCAUUAGAUUCUCUCUUUAUGGACUCCAUUGUGGAUAUCGCAAUUUACAAGGAGAAUACUUUGAAUGAAUUAUCUGAAGUAACUGGAGAAAACAUGAAUUUUACGAUCGGUCUUAUAUCCCAGGAACUAAACUAUUUACCAGUUAAUAUAACAACACCAGUAAUAAAACGGGCUGACAACGCCGCAAAAGCAGUUCUGGACAACGUGAAAGAACUUGGAUCAGAACUUGGAGACCUAAGGGACUCUUUAAAAGAUGUGGCAGAUAUUGUUAAGAAUUUACGUAUGCUCGGCCAAAAACUUCGCGAUGGUUUGAGCGAGGUGCGAAAGAACUUGACAGAAGCUAAAACAGAAUGUAACAAUGAUGAGCCGUCUAAAACUGCUGGUGCUUGUGACAAAAUACCCAGUGGAGACCCCUUAGAGGCCGAUGCGGACUUCAAUAAGGUUCCAGAUUUAGCUCAGGAGUUGUCGAACAUUGAAGGAAUUCUUGCCAGAAACGACUUCGAAGCACAAAGCGUUCAGGGGCAAAAUAGAUUUACGUCGAUGACAGCAAAAGUCAACGAGAAGAUAUUGUCGGGAAGGGAAGAGAUAACAAAUUUUACCAAGGAACUUCAAGACUUUGCUGCAAAGAUGGUAAAUACACUGGAAGACGCUGGUGAUUCGUUGCAAGCAGAAAUUCUAUUGCCAACAAAAACAGAAGUCCACAAUAUAUUUGGUAGAGGAGGAUUGUUCAACAGAUACGAUAAAUACAGGUGGAUCACCCUUCUGUCAAUCUCUCUCGCUGUUGUUUUUGUUGUUUUGUUAACCUUCCUGUCUCUCAUAUCCGGUGCUCUCGGUGCCAGUCCUUCGGAUACGCCUAGCACGCGCUCUGGAAUUUCAAACUGCGCGGGGAAUGCACUCAUGUGUGUCGUGGGUUUGUAUUUCUUCAGUGCUUUCUUUCUCAAUUUCAUUCUCGCUGUUACGUUUUAUGUCGGAGCUAACGCUACGAUCCUCUGCAAGUCAGCUGCUGACCUUAGCCUCCUAGAAAAGACCAUAGACGAUCCUUCAACUUUAGGAUACUUUCCCAUCUCUAAGGUAGUGCUGGGAAAUGGAAUCAUAGACAUACGACUGUCUGAUAUACUCAGGCGAUGUGAUAAAAAAGAGACGCCCUGGGAACUACUAAAGCUAGACAAUAAAUUCAAGUUUGAAAAAAUGACGAGUUACAGAGAUAAAAUUCCACCGAUGGACGAAAUUCUGGCUGGAAUAAACAGCUCCAUAACAGAUAUAGAACUUGUGUCAGAUGACACCAGGAAAGCUAUUAAUGAUACGUUUACUUCUGGGGUCCAGGAGAUUGAAUUCUACAAGUUUUCAAUGGAGACAGGAUUGCCUCUUACAAAGAAUAGCCUUUCAUUGAACACAUUUGCGAACGAGUUGGGAACAGCAGCUGAUGGUCAAGUAAAUUCUGGAAUUUCUGGAAAACUGCGCUCUGCUAAAGAUGCUUUAAACAAUUUACACGAUGACACAAUUUUGAUAUCGCAACCGCUGGUGGGCGAGUUAACUCAGAAAACGCAGACGUUGAUGACAAAAAACAUGAAAGUACUGAAUGACGCCAAUCAGAUCGACCUUUUCCGUGAAAGGCUGAAAACUAUUCUUGACAGCGAUGGUUUGGAACUAGCUAAUGAGGCAGGAAAAAAGUCUUUGAGUCGCACACUUGGAUGGAUGGACGAAUAUUUGAAAGACUCCAUAGAUAAGCUUCGAAAUGACGUGGGAGAUUGCCACCCAAUCAGAAAUGUCUAUGAUGUGUUAGUCUCUGAUGCAUGCGACAAUGCUGUUGGCCUUGUGAAUGCCCUAUGGCUGUGUGUUGGUGUCAUCGCUUUGUUUUCGGUAAUUACCAUCAUCCUCUGCGUUCGUCUGGCCAAGCAUCUUCGACGAGCGAAGAGUGGUGACGAUGAUAUGUAUUCAGAGGAAAGUACAUCUAACUACGGAGUCCCUCUGAGGCUGUUUGACAAAUUCCCGAAGCUUCCCAAGAAGAAAUUUUCCUGGUCUAACGACCUUGAUAUGGAAAAACCAGUAUUUUACAAGAGACCACAGUUCAUCCAACGAGAACCAUUAGCAGCCGUAACAAGAAAUGCUGUGGUGCCGAUAGUGUUCGAUGUUUAGUAGCGACAAAUUAGCUACGCAUGCGCGAGAUCGAUGGUCAAAGGUCAACAACAAAAGUCUCCCAAUUUGUCUCUUUGGUUCUUCCACUUUCAGGGAGGUUCCUGUGGUGAAUACAGUGGUCAAGGCCAGCCUGGAUCGAAGACAGCAAUUUUUAUCCCCUCUUUUAUCUAUUUUUAUAUUUAUAUUGUAGUGGAAGUGUUAUUUUAUAUCAUUUUAGUUGCAAAGACUGGUGUUAUGACCCAGUUGAUCAAUUUUAACCGAUCGCGGAGGGAGCUGUUUUAGUUAUGUAAGGGAAAUUUUAACUUAUAAAAUUCAAUACAAUGAACGUCAGGAAAUUUAGACCUGGAAAAUUAUUGUGAGCAUCGGGUUAAAGAAAUUAAUCUGCAUAUCAAAACCAUAAUUUUUAUAGUUCAUAAUAAUUAUUUUAUAAAAGUUAAGUAGGGUCGAACAUUUCAGUGUCGCCAUAACAUUCAACCAAUCACGAACAGCCGUAAACCUUGUGCCUUCAAUUGUGUCAUUUUUUGAUGCCUUUACAAUGUUUAAGCUGCUUAUCCUGACUUUACAAAGUCUGGGUUGUUAUAGGCGACGUGGAAGUAAAUAUCCACCACUUUCACAUAAUAUGAGUCGAAUAAUUGUUUUAGUAUAAGCCAGAAAAUUUGUGUAUCCUCUCUUAACACGUAAUUUUGUCCCGUCAGCUUCACAGAGGUGAAUGGUACUUGCCAAUCAGUACAUUAUUCACCUGUGUGGUAUAUACUGAAUACAUUUAUGUGUAAGUCACUCGAUCACAGAGCGGAAUGCUAGAGUGUAAUCAUAGAUAUGGUGACCGGGAACCUGUUCAGAUGACUAGAGGCGUUUUUAGUAGCUAGCAGUACGUAAUAACCAUUAAAUGAAAACAUUGAUAUAAAUAACAUAUGAAUUGAAUUAACGAAUUGAUGUUAAACUCAGUGAUAAAAGAAAUAAAUAAUACCGAGAAACAAAUGAAA